CGUUUGGCAGAGUUUGACAUUUCCAUCGAAAAGAAGUCGAUAAACACAAACUGCGUCCGAUUGCAAAAAAAAAGUUUUAUUUUCUUCCAGAAAAACGAUCCGCAGAAACAUUCCCGGCGAUGGACAAACAACCACUUAACGCGGAGCGCAUCUGUCGGACGUGCCUGGUCGAGGCGGACAGUCUCUCCAGUAUAUUCACCGACGAUUCCAAGCUAAACUGCUCCUUCGCGACGAUGGUCAGCGACUGCAGCGCAAUGAAGGUUAACGAAAACGAUGGUCUGCCGGACAAAAUUUGCAGCAAGUGCGCGGAAUCGGCCCGCAGUGCGUUUGUCUUCCGGCGGCAGUGCAACUCGUCGUACGAAACGCUUUGCACGGUGCUGGCACCCGAGCAGUUCUCCUUAACGCCCCAGAAGCGGCCUCGCGGUAGGCCGCGGAAGCAGCCGGCUAGCACGGUGGUGGCGGCGGCCAAGGAGGAACAGAGGGAAGAGCUGACGGUACAGGUGGAAUGUCUGCCGGAGUUGACCCAGGAUGGAGAUUCCAGUGAAGAGAUAUCUGUAGACUGUAAAAUGGAAGUAUUCGAGGGGGUAGAAUAUCUGGCCGAUUCCUUUGAUGAUGUAGUGAAGCAAAUCAAGAAUGAACCUUCGAUGGAGAGCGAUGCAAACAGACUGGAUGAGGAUUCGGCGGACGAUGCCGUAGGGAUGAGUACGCGAGGAUCUGGUAGACAUGCUUGUAAACACUGUGAUCGUGUCUUCAGCAGAGGGACGCACCUUCGACGACAUCUCCUGACCCACUCCAAAAUGAGGCCGUUUCCUUGCCGGUUUUGUCCCAAACUGUUUGCCCGGAGUGAUGCCGUGGCCAAGCACGAACUGACUCAUUCGGAGGCGGGAGUUAGGAAAAGUCCCAGCCAUGAAGCGGAACCGAUGCUAUUCUUUGAUGCUGAUUUCGCCAACGAUUUCGGAGCAGCCGAUAAUGACGACGACGACGAACUUAUUGUAGAAAUUAGUGAAGCUGCACAAGCUGAGGAGCAAUUAGAGGAACAAAACGCAGAAGAAAAAGAAAUGCCAGGCAAAUUUGCUUGCCAAUACUGCGAUAAAACAUUUGGAAGGACAACGCACUUGCGCAGGCACAUUCUUACCCACACAAAGGAAAAGCAGUAUCAGUGCACAGUUUGUUCGAAAGCAUUUGCCCGUAGCGAUCAUCUGGCUAAACAUGAGUCCCAACAUUCAGGAGAGCGACCCUUCAAGUGCGAAUUGUGCGAUAAGUCCUUCAAACGGGCGGAACAUCUCCGGAAUCACAUCGAGUCCAAGCACAGCGACAAGGAACCGACGAAAAAAACCGAAAUUUGCGACAUUUGCCAAAAGGGGUUUACCACGCCACAAACGUUGAAGAAUCAUCGCAAAUCCCACUUUGAGGCGAAAGUCCUAAACUGCAAGCAUUGCGAUGCCCAGUUUACCGACCGGGAGCUGUACCGCGAGCACACAAAGCAGGAACACACAAAUCCCAAGGGAUUCCUGUGUUCCGAAUGUGGUCAAAGUUUUGUGAGGAACGAUUACCUUCUGGUCCAUAUGCGUCGUCACAACGGAAUCAAGCCCUAUCGCUGCAAGUUUUGUCCGAAAGCGUUCCCCAGGGCUACGGAUUUAAAUGUUCACGAAAAGUACCACACCAACGAGAAAACUCAUCUCUGCACCAUAUGCGGAAAAGGCUUCCAUCGUCAUUACAAUUUGGUGGUCCACAGCCGCACCCACAACGGAUUGAAGCCCUACAAAUGCCCUCACUGUCCAAAGUCGUUCGCCCAGGGCAAUGACUUGAAAGCCCACAUCCGGCGCCACACGGGAGAGCGCUACAAGUGCGACAUUUGCGACCAGGGAUUCAUCCAGUUCUACCAACUUACCAACCAUCGGCGCUCCGUUCACAACAUCGAUCCGGCCAAACUGGGCCGGCGGGUCACAAAGUACGUGACGCCCACCGCGCAGGAGCAGCAGGUUCUGCUCCAACAGCACCAGCAGCAACUCGUUUCGUUGCAGCAGCAGCAAAAAGAGCUCGAACAGCAACAGCAGCAGGGCUGGGACUUUGAACACAUGGGGCGGGAUCCGGACCUGGAGAAGAGAAUCCUCGAGAUCAAGGAACGCAUUCAUGAUGCCGAGAGAGAGAUUGAGGAAAUCAACAACCGAAUCCAGGAGGAACUCGGCCGGCACCAGGAGGCACCGGAAGAUCAGGAAGGCACCAGCUAUCCGCAUCCGUCUUACGGCCAGCAGUUUCUGAACGAUCCCAGUGCGCUUCCCUCGGCGUUCGCGGAUUCGGUCGUGAAAACCGAAAAGCCCCAAGGACACUAAAUUUCUUUCACCGAAAAAAUCAAUUCAAUCGUACAGAAUAACAUUAGUUCACGAAAGAGGUCCCUUUAUUUCACCGUGGACCGGUACAUGUCUUAGUGCUAGCGUUGUAGUAAGUUAUUAUCAGUAAAUAUGGAUAUUACGCAUGAA